AACUGGCUUGGUUGACAACGGCUGGUGACCCAAGGAGCUGCUGAUAGACGCGGACUAGCCAUCUCUGAACAACUUCUUGAAUCAGCUAUUUCCACAGGUGUUCGAAAGAAGAUGAGUUUUUACAGAAGACUCGUCUCUAGGGAGCACAGAGAGAUCCAUGUGCACAAAGUGCUUGUCCAACCUGUAGCAAUGGAGGCAUGCUCUGACUUUAGCCAGCAAGAACAGGCCUUGCCAGAGAAGCCCCAGAGAAGGAAAUGUUCAUGGUCCAUCCUGUCAGGCAUGAAGAGACUCUGUGUCUGUAGCCAAUCUGACACCUCGAUGGCAGACAGGGAUGAGGAGAGAACAAUUUCCUCACAAAGAAGGUGGAGGCACUUGUCCCGGAAGAAGAUAGCAGCUGAGAACCAGGUGGAGUCAGAGGAGGUGAAGCUGCAGGAGGAUACAGGGAAAGUUGAACUGGAUCCUACAGGGACGAAGAAGGAGGCGUCGGAGUCGCAGGGGAAGUGGGAAAAAGGGAGCCCAGAAGAGCAGGAAGAAGAGCACACUCCCACCCCCUCAUUACCAAGCAGCUCCCAUAUGACCAUGACCCCCGGGGAGCAGCUUCCCUCAGCCCAGCUCCAAGCCCUGCUGAUGAGAGCCGUGAAGGGUCUGACGACACCCACCCUGGAGCGAUUUCAAGCCGCCGAGGAAGAGCUGAGGACCAUCGUGUCUCUACACGGAGACAAGAUGGAGAGAGUUGGAGACGUCGUGGGACGUAUCUUAAUCUGGCUGGACAACGUCUGUCAUCCCAGAGCCAGAAAAGCAGCACUGAGGGCCACGGCCUUGCUGGCUCGUUCCCACCCCCAGGACGUGGUUCUGAGCUGUGUGGCGCACACGCUGUCCUCGGACAGAUGUGCCAUUGAGUGGCUCUUUAGUGAGCAGGUGCAGUUCGGGUGUCUCUUGGAAGCAAUGAGGACCAUUUACGAGGUCCUUUUCCUAUGGGGAUACCGAGAAGCCAUCCUGGAAAUGUAUCCCCAGAUGCUCAUCCUCUGCGUCAGGCAAGUGCAGUAUGUGAUGGAUCUGCACUUGCCAGGGACCUACAUGGCCAGCACGACAUCCAGCCCCGAGGAGGGAUCCAGCUGCCUCAACCCCCUAAGCACGUCGGUGGAGGCUGUGAAGACACUUUUUUCCAUGCCUGGAUACUGGAAGGAAUUUGCCAGCAUCCAAUUUCAGCAGGGUUGGGACAUGAUAGCCUCACGAUAUUACUACUCGCAGGGUGUUGGCGUGAUUGCAAGGUAG